UACAGGCAUAGCACAUACACAGUGGUGAUAUUAGUAACAAUGGUGUUCUCCUUGCCAGAACUACUCAUCGCCACGAUUGCGCUACUUGUAUCAUUGUUCUUGUACUACAUCAAGUCAACGAGAUCAAAGAACCCUUUGCUGCCCAUAGACUGGCCAAUAGUUGGAGUACUCCCUUCCUUCGUAGCCAACCUUCGCAACUUCCACGACUACCUCACCGUUGUCCUUGCUGCCUCUGGGGGUAACUUCAAGGCGCACGGUCCACGGGCAAUCAACAACACGCGGUUCUUCAUAACCAGUGAUCCGGCGAAUGUCCGGCACAUCUUCACCACAAACCAUGCAAACUACCCCAAGGGUGAGGAAUUUGCAGAAAUCUUCGAUAUUGUGCGUGGCACCAUCUUAACCGAUGAUGGGGAGGCCUGCCGCAAGCACAGAGGGGAGAUCCUGAUCAUCCUAAGCAACCCACAGAUGCUUUCGUUGAUGGCUAGUUGCUGCCAGGAUAAGGUGGUGAAUGGCCUCCUCCCCUUCUUGGCCCGUAUGGCGAGCACCACAACUCCGUUCGACAUACAGGGCUUGAUCGCGAGGCUCGCGUUCGACCAAAUUGCCACGCCAGUCUUCGGCGUGGACCCUGGCUGCCUAUCCCCGGACAUGCCAUCCAUGCACGCCGCAGCUGCCAUGGACACGGUGAUGGAGGUGGCCUUUAUCCGCCACGUUACGUCGGCUUCUUUCUGGAAGGUGAUGAGACGGCUAAGUAUCGGUCCAGAGAGGAAGCUUGCUGCGGCGCACACACGACUCCAUGGGUUCGUCACGGAGAUGAUGGAGAAGAGGAAAGCCAGGCGUGUCUAUCUUGACGAGGAGCAAAACAAGGUGGCCUCCGUGGACAUUCUUUCUUCAGUUAUGACUGACCCGGAAUGCAGCGACGAACUGCUGCGUAAGAAGCUCAUCGUCUCCAUGAUCGCGGGGCGGGACACAGUUGGCACAACGCUGCCGUGGGUCUUCUAUAACCUCGCAAACAACCCGGACGUUGUCUCUCGCAUCCGAAAGGAAUUGGCACCCAUCGCAUCACGCAAAGGCGGCGCUGUCGUCUCCAAAGACACGAUGGUUGUCUUUGAGCCGAAGGAGACAAAAUCCCUGGUCUACCUUGAAGCCACCUUGUUUGAGUCCCUCAGGCUCUACCCGCCAGUCCCGUUCGAGCGCAAGGCAGUGCUGGCCGAUGAUGUGCUGCCAAGCGGUCACGAGGUGCACUGCGGCGAAACCAUCCUGAUCUCCAUCUAUGCCAUGGGUAGAAUGGAGAGCGUGUGGGGCAAGGAUUGCCAUGAGUACAAACCGGAGAGGUGGCUCUCCGAGGACGGCGCCAAGCUGCGGCAUGUGCCGUCUCACAAAUUUUUGGCGUUUAACUCAGGGCCGAGGAUGUGCCUCGGUAAGGACAUCGCAAUCAUGCAGAUGAAGACCGUCGUUGCCGCGGUGGUGUGGAACUUUGAUGUGGAGGUGUUGGAAGGGCAGCGUGUCGAGCCAAAGUUGUCGUUCCUUCUACAGAUGAAGAACGGCCUCAUGGUGAUGGUCAAUAAGAGGGAGGAAUGAAACAUGCUAUGAGGUAGAUACUAUACUAAGUGGAAUAAGAUUGGUGCAGCCGUGCAGUACAAGUAUGGACAUGUGAGAUGUGACCGACAGAAAAAAUUGGGUCGUUGGGUGUAUAUUUUGAUCUAUCUAUCGGUGAUUUUCCUCUUACACAUCAGCACUAUUUAUCACUGUUGGUCCAAACAAACUGGGCGUACGAUCAAAUCCAAACAUGUAUUAUCAUAUAUAUACUCUCUCCUGUUAUAAACAUUUAUCAU